AUGGAUCGCAGGUUCCAUGGCGCAGCUUGCAAGACUUGCCGUCGCAGAGGGCGCAAGUGUACCAGAGAGCUUCCGAAAUGCAGCACUUGCUUGGCUAAGGGAAUCGAAUGUGAAGGCUAUGCCCUCAAAUGGUCCGGACUGGCAAGCCGCGGAAAGCUAGCUGGCAAGUCUUCCAUGCCAGCGGCAUCAGACCCCAGAAGUGAAAGAGACAAGGUGGUUUCUGGGGAUGCCCCUGUUGUUACGCAUGAAGAUGCCACAGAAUUUCUUCUCGACUACCACCUCUUUGAAGUUGCACCACGGCUGUGCAUCGACAACGAAACCAUGCGGAAUCCAUACACUCAAUAUAUCCUUCCUCUCGCCGUCCAAGACCCUGCGUUGCUGUAUGCAUGUGCUGCUUUGGCGGCUUGUCACUUCAGUGUGCGAUUGAUGGAUCCAAGCUUCCACGUCCAGUCUCUUCGCUUCAAGGGCAAAGCAAUGAGGAGGCUACAGGAACAACUCUGGGCAGAACAGAAUGCCUUGGACGAAAGCAAGCUUGCAACGAUAUUGAUGCUUACGCUCACCGACCUGUGCCUAGGAGGCUAUUCGAACUUCGAUGCCCACUUUACUGCGGCUCGUAAGCUCAUUGACCUUCGCGGCUCCAGGAAAACACCUGGUGCUUUCGUCGAGCAAUACAUUGCGUGGUUGGACAUUAUGUCAGCGGCUUCCACCACAAGGAAGCCCAAGUUCAACUCGAAAGAUAUCUCACUACUGAGGGGGCAUUCUAGCGAGUGGAGCUACGACGUCUUUCCGUGCCCCCCUGACCAAUUCGAGAUUGUCGCCACGCUGGUGGAAUUACACAGGUCUCUCGAUGAUCCUCGCGAUCCUUCCCUCGAAGUUUUGACCAAAGUAUACGACCUGAAGCACAAAGUGCUUUGCUUGCCCAUGCACACGGAGCGAGGAGAAUCUUGGCUACACGUGACAGAGGCUUACCGACACGCCAUAGUGCUGUACAUGGUCAGGCUGUUCGAUUUGACUUCGGACGAAGACGAGAUAUUGUGGUUGACGCAAAGCGUCUUCCAUCAUUCCAAAUCAACUCCAGCAUCCACUGGCUGGGCAGAUAACAUUUUGUGGCCCUUAUUUCAUGCCGGUCUGGAGUUUCGUGACGAGAGGCGCAAACAAUGGUUGCGCGAACGAGCCGCGCUGAUGCAAAGAAGCGGCGGCUUUCGGAACGUCGAUACUGUCAUGAGCACACUGGAACGUGUCUGGGCCAGCGAAGAAAGACUCGACUAUCUGAGCCUGUUGACCUCCGAAGGUCUGGGCAGUAUGGUACCAGUGUGA